AUGUCAAAUCCUUCAUCCCCAUCUAACGAACCGGAACCAACAACAAAAACAAAUAGUCAAUGUCAAGUAUGUGAAGAUGAUGCAUCAAUCAUUAAUUAUGGAGCAUUAACUUGUUUAUCAUGUCGAACAUUUUUUCGUCGAAAUGGUUUUCAUCCUCAAGAAGUUGCUUCAUGUCGAUUUGAUGGUCAUUGUAAUAUUACAAAAUCAACAAGAAAACUUUGUACAACAUGUCGUUUGAAUAAAUGUCUUGCCGUUGGCAUGAGUUCUGAUCUAAUACGAAAAGAAGAUCUAAGUGGAAAAAAACGUAAAUCUUCUGGAUCAUCUAGUCAAGAACAUGUGGAACAUCAAAUAGUAAUGACUAUACCACAAGCAUCAAUAUUAGAUCAACUAUCGGAUAUUUCACGUUCAUCUUUAAAUAAUUCUGAAUUGAAUUUAAUUUCUAAUGUUAUACAUGCUUUUGAUACAUUUAGUCCAAUAAAUGAAAUUCGACAUACUAUUGAAGUAAUAAAUACAACAGCAUCUAGUCAACAAUUUGAUUUAACACAAUCACUUCAAAUGAUAUCAUUAUUUUCAAAUUCUAUACAAUUAUUUAUUAGUUCAACACCUGAUUUUAAAGUUUUAACAACAUCAGAACAAUGGUCAUUAUUUCAACGUAAUAUGCUUGGUCUUUUAUCUAUUGGUGGAAUUUAUUUUAUGCGUGAAUCAGGUAUAUUUGAUAAACCUGAAAAUGAAAUGGCUAUUUUACCAUUAUAUGGUAAUGAUGUUGUUCAACAAGUAAAAAUUAUUAGUACACAAUUUAAUUUUGAUCCAACACUUAUUAAACUUAUGCUUAUUGCAAUUGCAUUUUCUUCAAAUUGUUUUACAAAACAAAAUCGUAAAUCUAUUGAUAAAGAUAGUUUAUUAUUAGGUACAUAUCGUUUAUUUGGAAGUCAAAAUGUUUAUGUUGAACUUAUAUGGAAAUAUUUAAUUUAUCGAUAUAAUUAUGAUGAAUCAGUUAAACAUAUUUCUACAUUUAUUAAACAACUUCUUGAUGUACUUAAAUUAUCAAUUGAAAUUUAUGAAAAUAAUCAAAUAUUUCAAAAAUUUAUUGAUGAUAAUGAUGAACAGAUUGAACAAUCUCCAAUAAUUAAAGAUAAAACAAUUGUUCCAUUAUGGGGAAAAAAAUGA